AACUUCUAAUUUUUGUGCUAAAGAAUUAAGUCCAACCCAUUCUCAAUUGUAACAGAUUCACCACAUAAGAAUCACAUUCUUUUGCCUUGAGUCAGGUGUACUGUUUGCCUCACUGUGCGCUUUCAAGUGACUUUUUACUGCUGUUUUAUAACUAAUCUGCAAGCCUAAACACGUUAGAGAAAUAUAUCUCAUACAUAAACCGAUUUUGGAAAAUCAGAGCACAUUGUCAGAGUGGUUUAUUUUGGAUAUACAGAGGGACAGUGACACACUAUUCCAAACAGGCUAUGUUUGUGAGGUAUUACCAUAGCGUAACACUAUUCACCGAGUGGCACAGCAAGGUGCUGCCUCACAACGCGUCUCCUCCCUGUAUUUUAAUGGGACAUGCAGAAAUUUUGACAUUCUUAAUUGAAAAUAUUUUUUUACUACUGGAUUCGUAGAGAAAAGGGAUUUGUAAUACAUACCAGGUGACAAAUAUUAAAAUGUAUUAUAUUUUAUAAUCAACUUCUCUUUUUCUUUUCAAGCUUGACAGGUGAGGCUCUGCCUCCCCUGCCUCCCCUCGCAUGUCAAUGCUAUUUAGUCCAGCCUCCUUCUUUUGCACCCAAUCUCCCUGGAAGAGCCAGAGUAGCUUCUGAAGGUACAGCUGAGACUUUUGAGCAUUUCUGUUGCUGGGAUGGCCAGGUGCAGUGUGUGGCGCAGGCCUGUGGUGCUUCCCCUGUGCUGGAAAGAUGAGCUGACAACAUUAGGUGUGCGCUGUAGCAGUAGUAUGCCAGUGGUCAAGUCCUUCAAUGAGAUUCCUGGACUGUGGAAGAAUGGAGUUGCCAACUUGUACAAUUUCUGGAAGCUGGACGGCUUCAGAAACCUUCACCGCAUCAUGUCGCAGAAUUUCAAGACUUAUGGACCCAUCUACAGGGAAAAAAUAGGAUAUUAUGAAAGUGUAAAUAUUAUCAAUCCCGAGGAUGCUGCCAUUGUGUUCAGAGCAGAGGGUCACUAUCCUAGAAGGCUGCAAGUUGAACCGUGGACUGCAUACAGAGAAUACAGGAAUCGCAAAUGUGGUGUUUUACUAAAGAAUGGAGAAGACUGGAGAUCAAACCGGGUGGUGCUCAACAAGGAGGUGAUUUCCCCAAAAAUGCUGGAAAACUUUGUGCCUUUGCUGGACGAAGUGGGACAAGAUUUUGUGGCCAGAGUUCACAAAAAGAUAAAGAGGAGUGGCCAAAACAAGUGGACGACUGACCUCUCUGAAGAACUUUUUAAAUAUGCACUAGAAUCCGUGAGCUUGGUGCUUUAUGGUGAGCGUCUGGGUCUGAUGCUGGACUACAUUGAUCCAGAAGCUCAACGUUUCAUUGACUGCAUCACCCUCAUGUUUAAGACUACCUCACCAAUGCUGUACAUACCCCCUGGUCUGUUGAGACGGAUUGGAUCAAAGGUGUGGCGGGAUCAUGUAGAGGCUUGGGAUGGCAUUUUCAACCAAGCUGACCGCUGCAUCCAGAAUAUCUACAGGCAGCUGCGCCAGGACAGUGGCAUGCCAGAGAAAUACCCAGGAGUCCUUGCCAGCCUUCUCAUGCUGGACAAGCUCUCCAUUGAAGACAUCAAGGCCAGUGUUGCUGAGCUAAUGGCUGGAGGAGUAGAUACAACUUCUAUAACGCUGCUGUGGACACUGUAUGAGCUAGCUAAGCAACCCAACCUCCAGGAGGAGCUGAGGGCGGAGGUGGCUGCAGCACGAGCUGAAAGCCAAGGAGACUUGCUGGAAAUGCUAAAGCGGAUUCCUUUGGUGAAAGGAGCCUUGAAGGAAACACUGAGGUUACACCCAGUUGCAGUGAGCUUGCAAAGAUACAUAGCAGAAGAUAUUAUUGUUCAAAACUACCACAUCCCGGCUGGGACAUUAGUUCAGUUAGGAUUGUAUGCAAUGGGAAGAGACCCAAAGGUGUUUGCACGCCCGGAGCAGUAUCAGCCUUCCCGCUGGCUGAAGACAGAGGCGCACUACUUCAGAAGCCUGGCCUUUGGCUUUGGCCCCCGUCAGUGUUUAGGACGCAGAAUAGCUGAGGCCGAGAUGCAACUCUUCCUCAUCCAUAUGCUCGAGAACUUCCGAGUGGAGAAACAGCGCCAUAUGGAAGUGCAGAGUACCUUUGAGCUUAUUCUGCUACCAGACAAGCCUAUUCUUUUGACUUUGAAACCACUGGAAACUAGUUUGUAAAAUUGUGUUUUAAUGAAACCUGUGGUGCAUGACAAGUCAUUUUUGUAGUCAUGUAUCACAAAUAAUCAUAAAGGGCUUCACAAUACAUGGCAAUAUAAAUAUUGAAUAAAACUGUACAACUUUGAGGUUGACAGAAAGCAACAAAUGAAAAAAAACAACAA